AUGUUCCAAAAAUUCCUGAUCUCUUCGAUUGUUCUGUUAUCGAUCUUUGUGAUUUUUGCGCAAUCUCAACCAGUUGCAGGUUUGUUUUUUUUUUCAAACUAUCUCCAUCUAAUGAAUAUCUUUUGUAGAAUACAUCACUUUGGACAACACUCCAUAUUUGAUGAAUUUGUUGAAACGCACAAAUAUUUAUUUCCCAUCUGGAAAUCACGACGCAAUGAUCAAAGGAAUCCUGAAAUCUAGAAGAUAUUGA